AUGUUUGACAAAAGGCGCGCAAGUCCUGGUGCGGCAGGACCAUCGCUACCCACUAUCUAUGCCGAUGGUGCCAGGUCGACAAUGAAAGCCGCAGGUGCCGCAGCAGGCAAAGUGAAAAGUUCCGCAUCACUGCACCGGAAGAACACAACCAAAAGCUCCUUCUUAGGUCGAUCUGAUACCUUGACAUCGAAACCACCGUUGACCAGGGUGCCCUCGGUGCAGACACGUUACAUGGAGAUGUUGUUGCACCUUGACGAAAUCCCACGGAUACACAACAUCCUUGCCAGUCUAUUCACAUGGGUCAUCCUCGCUGGAUUUCUCGUCGUACCUGGUACCUUCACCUCGUUCAAGAAUUCUCAAGCUUUCCAGAACGCCAAUAGUAACAAGGAUGAUAUUGCACAUGACAUCGUCCAUUCGAUAGCGAAUAUUGGACUGCUCUAUCUUUCCGUUGGGUUCUGUGCGGUGGGUACCCUUGGCUGUCUGUGGAUGUGGUUUCGAUGGCGGCAUAACUAUGUUUGGCUCAUCAACAGGGUCUUUCUGCCCGUUACUCUGAACUCGGUGGCUGGUCUAAUUACCACCCUCGUCAAUGUCUACACAGCACAGAAAGGUGUCUGGAGCGUGACGGCCAAAAUCACUGCGAUAGUGACAGGCUCAUGUGUGGGCAUCGCUGGAUUCCUCUUCGCCAUAUACAACUUCUGGGCCUUGAGAGGCGUGAGGAAGUCCCACGAGGCAGCCUUUGGCCUUGAUCACGAACAUGAAAAUGAGACUAUCGUGGAAAAGGUCAAACGGAAAGCCAAUGAAGCUCCCCUCCAGUCGGGUGGUGUUGUAUAA